GCUUUGCAGUCGGCUCUGCAUCUCGAUCGCUUCGGAUCUGCUGCAUUGAUCUCCUAGCUUGUUCGUUUUCCGCUUUGCUCGCUCGGUCGAUCGAUCACAGGUCUCAGCUACGGCAAUGGCUUCCGGUGGCGCGUCACUGGCCUUGGCGGCGCUGCUCCUUGUGAGCUGCGCAUCGGCGGCGGCGGCGACCAAGUACACCGUCGGCGACACCACCGGCUGGACGACCAGCGGCGAUUACGCCACCUGGGCCAGCGACAAGAAGUUCAAAAUCGGCGACAGUCUCGUGUUCAACUACGCCGGCGGCGCGCACACGGUGGACGAGGUGAGCGCGGCGGACUACGCCGCCUGCUCCUCCAGCAAGGCGCUCAGCAGCGACAGCGCCGGCACCACCACCGUGACCCUCAAGACCGCCGGCAAGCACUACUUCAUCUGCGGGGUCGCGGGCCACUGCAGCAGCGGCAUGAAGCUCGUCGUGGACGUCGCCGCGGCCAAGGCGGCCACCCCUUCGCCGGCGCCGGCGCCGGCCGUGGCUCCGGCACCGGACGCCGCGGACACCACCCCGGACGCCACCCCCGCCACGACUCCCAAGGGCUCCGGCGGCGCCACGCCCAAGACCCCGGUCACGGUCCUCUCGCCGCCGGGCAAGAAGUCCACAUCCGGCGCAACCGGGCUCAGCGCCACGGCAUGGGCUAGCUUGGGCCUGGCCGGGCUCGUGGCCGUGCACCUCGGCGCGUUCUAGGGCCGCCGGCCAGGGUGGAGGCAGUGCUGUUUUAUUCUCGUUUUGUUCGUGAUAGGAUGCACGUCAUGGAUUCAUGUAUUGGUUGAGGAUCUGACUAUCUUAGAGGUUUCUUUUGAUCCCAGGCAACUCAGUGCUUUUGCUGCGCUGCGCUGGUGGCAAUUAGUUGGAUACUUGGAUAUUAUGCUAUUGUUAUCAUAUUCUUUAAUUUUCAUGCUCUUUCAGUCUUUC